AUGGCCGACUCCGACGAGGAAUAUGUGGGCGAUGUAACAGAAGAUGAGGAUGACCUUCAGGUGAAUCGAGGCGACACGCGGGCCAGGAAAAGAAAACAGCGUGGAGGCGCAGAAUGGGAGCUAUCCAGAACCUGGGAGACUCUUGUGGAGGGUGCGGAUGGAACCAUCAAUUCCACCGUCGAGGGCCUUCUGGAGGCGGGCAAACGGAAAAGGCUCUUGAAAGAUACGACACCACUGCAGCGCGGGAUCAUUCGACACCUCAUCCUCGUAAUCGAUCUUUCACAGUCCAUGUCCGAGAAAGAUCUACGACCGACACGGUACCUUUUAACGCUCCGAUAUGCCCAGGAUUUUGUGAGAGAAUUCUUUGAGCAAAAUCCCAUUUCCCAGCUCGGCGUCCUCGGACUGAGAGAUGGUCUAGCCCUUCGCGUCAGUGAUAUGAGCGGCAAUCCCACGGAACAUCUCGCGGCCAUCCAAGCGCUAAAAACACAGGACCCCAAAGGUCUCCCUAGCCUUCAGAACGGGUUGGAUAUGGCACGUGGUGCGCUUUUCCAUACCCCAAGUCAUGGCACUCGUGAGGUGCUGAUCAUCUUCGGCUCUCUCCUCUCCUCUGACCCCGGGGAUAUCCACCAGACAAUAAGUACCCUGAUCAGCGAUAAGAUCCGAGUUGGGAUCGUCGGUCUUGCCGCGCAGGUUGCCAUCUGCCGUGAGCUCUGCACCAAAACGAAUGGCGGGGACGAGACAGCGUAUGGGGUGGCACUGAACGAACAACACUUCCGGGAGCUGAUGAUGGACGUAACGACACCCCCUGCUGCUUAUUCGCAAAAGGAAUCUGCGAGCUCUUUACUAAUGAUGGGGUUUCCGUCUCGGACGGUGGAGUCUAGCCCUUCUCUCUGCGCAUGUCAUUCGAAGCCCUCGCGAGGAGGCUAUCUCUGCUCACGAUGCAAUAGCAAACUUGAAGCCCCACGCAUCCUCCGCAUCCUCCGCAUCUCAGCUCUUCUUCAAACAUACAUCUCCCCAACAAUGGCGCAACCUUUAAUUCGGGACUUUGAGCGACUGCGGUCAUAUUCUUUCCAUACAGAUCCCGAAUUUGCCAAUGGUCUCUCAAUCAUACUCGGUCACCCCAACACCCCCGCCACUGAGGCGGAGAUGAAUCAGGAUGACGACCUUGUUUUACAAGCAAAAUGUUUCUUUUUCUCACGAAAAGAAAAACUCACCCCAGCUAUCGACUUUGCUGCAUUCAAGUCAUGGUUGUCGACACAGUCAAAGGAAAAGUCCCAAGCUCCAGACAGUCCAGAAAUCUCGUCGCAGGUAUCUGCUGGUGUGCCUACAGAACAGAACAUAGCAAAUUCAACCAAUGCAGAACCCGCGUAUCCGUCGUCCUUUGCACACAUCGUGGAGCUGAUCACAACUGGACAACCAAUCCCUGGAAUCCAAGAUAUACCAGAUACAGUGUUGACUGGUCAUGAUAUCUCGAGUGAGAAACCUCGACGGCGAAAACCCUGGGAGAAGGAGGAACUGGAAACUGCUCCUAAUGAGACUGCAGCUGGCGCUCCUUGA